AAGGAACGACGUAUUUUGGAAGAAUAUCAGCGCGCUCUCAAAUCUAUGCCAUGCAAGAAAGAUCGUGAGGAAAUCGAACGACUCAAGGAGGAGUUGCACGAGUCGCGUUCAGACUUGAGUCGCCGCGAGGUUCGCUGGCACGCGGCGAUUGCUCGUUUACGAUCACGCAUUGAGGAACUAGAAGGGGAACGUGACGAAUUGAAAAGUCGAGUGCAUCGGUUGGAGGAAGAUCGCAUUUCUCUUCAGUCAAAGCUGUCGGAGUUGAAAACAGCGGGCAGUAUAAACAAGCUGUAUUUACGGCGCAGUGCAUCUUCCUUGUCAUCCGCACGACAGUCAGUCAGUGUACUUGCUAUUUUCUACGCGGUACUGAAAGAAGUAUUUUCGCAUUCCGAUCAUGCUAUUCGACGUAUGCGACAACAGAAGCAAUUUGUAUCUAGUUGUCGUCUUUCGGGUCGAACUCUAUCUCGACUAAAUUCCGCAGACAAACCUUAUACAGCUCAAGUGCGGCGAUCAACUACUCCUAACAUCCCGAUCUGUUCAUCUUGUGAUUUGCCACCUGUUCACGUGGACCGUGCUGGAGCGAACACCACGGCGACACUGCAUCAGGCUGUGCCAUCCACAACCGGUACUCGUGAAAGUGUGCUCAGCGGUGGCUAUUUCACCGGUGAUGAUGAUGCUGCAUCGAGUGGUAGCGGAUGUGUGGACGUUCGGCAAUCUGGCGGUGACGUGGUUCCCGAACAGACUACAACUGCUAGCGCAACAGUUGGUGAUGUUACUGCUGUCUCUUCGUUGCACGCUGUGCAAGCUCUAUCUCCUGUCUCCAGUCAGCACGGCGCAGACGGUCCUAACACCGCCCCAUUGAACGCGGAUAAAGUUGAAAAGACAGAAGAAAAUCUUCCCGCUCCGCGUACAGCUGCAUCAGGCAGUGUCGUGCGCACUGUAAAACAUGCGGACGGGUCGGUUGAAGAAGCAUACUCCAAUGGUGCUGUGGUCGUCACUUAUUCUAACGGCUCGGUGAAGGAAGUUUUUCCGGACGGCGUAACGAUAGUGGUGUCCCUCUUUAACGGGGAUAUUAAACGGACAUUACCAGACGGCCGCGUUCUGGAUCGCCUGCUAGAGCUGGCCCAAUUCCGUUCACUUCAGUUGGUACGACCAUUGUCCAUGUACGUUCGUCCUCCGUAUUUGGUUGCUGUAAGACAGAAAAGAUGA